AUUCAUAUGUCUACAGUGAUGUCCAAGCCUGCACCAUGGAGGGCCAGUCAAUCACCUCAGCAGGUGAUUUUCUAACCUGUCAGUUAUUUUCUAGAUUAAUUCUUUGAUCUAAAAUGUCAGAAAAUAGUGAAGAAUGCCAAUUAGAAUUUCCUAAAGCCCAACAUGAUUUCUCCAAAUUGCUUUUUUUGUCCAAUAAAAUAAUUUAAUGAAAAAAAAAAAAGAUUUACCAUCACAUAAGUAAAAGAAAAAUCAGUCUAAAAUCAGUUCUAAAAAUACAUCCAUGACUACAGGCCAUUCAUUCCCGGUCCAGUUUACCGGACGCGUUGACGUAACGUAGCAACCGUAACGCGUUGACGCACCUUGCGUCCUUUUCCGACCUCCAGUUAUGACGACAAAGCAGUCUGAUGACGUCUAAUCGGAGGAGCGCUUCCUGGUUACGGUGAAGCUAAGCUAACAGCUAGUUCUCCCGGGUUGUUGUUGUUCCUCCUCCGCUCAGCGGGGCUCCGCCUCAGUGAUUUCCAGGCGGCUUCAGUCAGUGACGGACGGACGCACAGAUCAGACUUUCAUCGUUAAUCCUCCGGGAUGUCUUUCCUGGAGAAGCCGGCCCCCGGCAGGCUGCUGCUGGACGACACCGUGCCCCUGACGGCGGUGAUCGAAGCCAGCCAAAACCUGCAGUCACACACGGAGUACAUCAUCAGAGUCCAGAGGGGCGUGUCUUCAGACAACAGCUGGCAGGUGAUUCGCCGCUACAGUGACUUUGAUGUUCUCAACAGCAGCCUGAUGGUGUGCGGUAUCAGCCUCCCUCUUCCUCCUAAGAAGCUGAUCGGAAACAUGGACAGGGAGUUCAUAGCGGAGAGGCAGAGAGGACUGCAGACCUAUUUGGACUCUAUUACCCAGCAUCCCCUGCUUUCCAGCUCCCUGACCGUCAAGAAGUUCCUGGACCCCAACAACUACUGCGCCAACUACACAGAGAUCGCCCUGCAGCAGGUCUCCAUGUUCUUCAGGUCGGACUUGAAGUGGGAGGUUCUGGAGCCGCUCAGAGACAUCGGCUGGAGGAUCAGGAAGAAAUAUUUUUUAAUUAAAAACAAAGAGCAGCCCAAGGAGAGGUAUCUGCUGAGCUGGGUGGAUCUGGGUCCUGAUAAGUUCCUGUCUGACAAAGACCUGCAGUCGGCCAUGAAGCUGCUAACCAGCCUCUCUACUCCAUAUCUCUGUCCGCUGUUGUUCUCCAGCACCAGUGAGUCUUCAGCUCUGCUCAUCCGGCCGUUCAGUGAGAGAGGCUCUCUGAGAGACCACAUCUGUAAGGUGAAGACCAGAGAGAGUUACCUGAAGAAGUACUGCAACCCGAAGAAGAGCCAGGGCCUCGAACUGCCGCAGAUCAAACUGUACGGCCGCCAGAUCCUGGAGGGCCUGAAGCUCCUCCACGAUGGCUGCAUAUUUUACGGUCACCUGCACGCGUCCAACGUCAUUGUGGAUGACGGCGUGUGUCGACUGAUGGAUGUGGAGAACGGCAUGCUGGGAGUUCCGUCAGUGCUACGACCCAGCUUCACCCAGCUCAGGAAGAUCAACACAACAGAGAGCAUCGACGUCUUCUGCUUUGGACACUUAUUGUACGAGAUGACAUACGGCCGACCGCCAGACAGCGUUCCCAUUGAUCAGUACCCCACUGUCCCCUACACAGCUGUGGUCUCAGUGCUGCAGUCCAUUCUGUCCACAGAAGCCUGUAAGAGCGGGAUGCCGACAGUGUCGGAGCUCAUCCAGACACCGUUGUUCAGCGACGUCCAGCUCCAGCACUCUGAAAAACUCCAGAUCAAGGUUCCCAGCAGGUUAAAAGAGGCACUGAAGACGGCAAAGGAGAGUCUGGAAAAGAGGCUGCAGGAGGAGCAGAGAGUGCUCCACCAGCACAGGAGGCUGACCAGAGCUCAGUCUCACCACGGCUCAGAGGAAGAGAAGAAGAGGAGGAAGAUCCUGGCGAGGAAGAAGUCCCGACAGUCAGCGUAUGAAAAUGAGGAAGACGUCUCUGUCAGAAACAACAAUACCUCUGGUUCUGGAGCCAGUUCCCCUCCCACAUGCCCCUCCUCCCCCACGCCCCCAUCCACCACAGGAGCCCAGACUGCUCCUCCCCCUCCUCCGCCUCCUCCUCCACCCCCUCCUAUGCUGGACUCCUCAUCGUGUCCUCCUCCUCCUCCUCCUCCUCACUCCUCCUCUGAUGGAGCAGGGGAAGGUCGCACCGCCCUGCUGAGCUCCAUCCAGAACUUCAGUAAGGGCAAACUGAAGAAGGCCAAGACCACCGACCGCAGCAAGCCUGUCAUCUGACCCCGCCCACCGUCGCAACCCGUCCUCGACCUGGAAGCUGUCAUCACAGCGACAUGAUGACCCACUGGUUCUGCACUGUGGUCUGGACCGGUUCAUGUUGUCGCGCCUUCAGAUGUGAAAACAAAUCACUAACAAAAAAAACAAAAAAAAAUCCAAGUACCAUUUUACUUUUUAUCCCUGUUUUUGCUUCUUCCUGCUUUAAAAUUUCUCAUCAGUUGCUGUGGUUGGGGGGGGGGGGUGGCCGCCUCAGUCUGCUCGUUCAAAAACUCGUGACAAUCCUAGGCACCUAGAGGUUUGUCUUUCCUGACUGCUUUGUCACCAAGAAACAGUCACCAGGCUCCAGAUAAAAAGGUGGUAAACUCGAACUGAGUCUGGUGGGUCGACCUGCGUUUCUGGUCGACCUGCUGCUCCGGAGGUCGCCAGCGGCUCCAUUUCUGUUCUUUGGGCUCAUGAAAGUGGCGGUUGAACGUUUGGAAUUUGAAAUUCUGGAGAUGCUUAAUACCGCUGGAUGACAAACUUCAAUUUCAUGGAUCCGAAACUCUAAUGUCAGUGCUUUGACACUGUCACGGCGUUGUACGGUGCCCGAUCCAGAUCCCGCAGCGGUGGAGAAACUGGCCCAAACUCCUGCUUCCCCUCUUUGCAAUCAUCCUCGACCUUUGACAUGUAGCAUUCAGACUCUGCUGCUCUGUCACUGCAGGACAUCAGAUGGGGAACACCUCCAGAAAAUAAAAAGAGCAGCAUUACAUUAAAGUGGUUUCUGUCUGUAAUUAAGCCCCAAAAACAUGAUUUUUUAAAACAAGUGAAAAAAAAUCUUCCAGUGCAUUGCGUCAUAUUUUAAAAGACAUCAACUUGAAAUGAGUGUCUGCAUCUUGAAACAAAACAAAAAAGAUCGCUGCAUUAGAAGCAAGAAAAAUUCAAAUUGAUCUUAGAAAAUACUCAUAUUCAUUUACUUUGGAGACAAGACAAAAAUCUUAGAAAAAGUGCAGAUUAAUAUUCAUUUGUUUUUAAGAGAUCAAGAAUCAAAUUACAGACAGAAAUGACUAAGUUAGUUAAGAUGAAGGGUGUUUGUUGCAGUGUGUUUGAAACUACACAAACCACAGUCAAGGUGAGAUCACACCUGCUGCUGAUUUAGUUUGGUCUCAACUAGUGGGAGACAUUAAUUUGACUUUGCUGCUUUUUGUGCGCAUUUAAUUCAUCAGUUAGAUUGCGACAGUGAGACGACAGUAGUUCAAGACAUUGGUCUCUUCCUCUUCUCGACCUGUGGUGUUCAUUCCAGUUACAAACACAAAGAAACAUCUGUAUUCUUCAGCCCGGCCUCCUCUAAAAAAAAACGAAAUAGCUUUUUCAGACCAAAUGUGCAGGAGCCAACAGACUGCACGAGGUAGAGCGCAACAUGAAGAGCUGCAACAUGAUCCUAAAAACCAGUUAAUCACGACGCUACCAACUGCACUAGAUGCAUCUCGCUUGAGGUUUGCCUGGCGCCCUCUUCUUCUGCAGCGGUUUAAUGGCAGUGUGCUGGAGAAUUAGCGCCACCGACUGUUUACAAUAGCUCAGUGCGUUCAACUCUGAAUAUUCACAUAGUGGUGAUGGAUGGAAACGCACGUCAAUUCCUGUUUUCUCCUGCAGAUUUUCUAAAAGUUUUGUUGAAAUGAUCUCAACAUUCGGAUGGAAGUGUGGCCUGGAAGGACUGCAGAGUAACUGCAGGAAUUUAGAGAUGCACAAAUUUGACAAAUCCACCACCCAUCCACCAAGACGUGUGAUGUUCAAGCGUAGUUUAGUUGAGGUUUGGCUGCUAAACGCGGCAGUGGCAGAGCACAGCCACUUUCUUCAUUGGAAAUAAGGCGAUGUCAGGCUUGCACUUCUGGUGUGAAAGCUUGUGUGUCGAGAGCGUUCAGCUCUUGAUUGUACUCAGGGUCUGAAAUUAAUCUGAAAUGACAUUAUCAACAAUAUGUCAAAUCACUUACACUUGAAAUCAGUGCUGAUCAUUUUCCAACCGAGGCAGCUGUUGGUUUCAGUUCAUUUCUAUGAAAAUCAACCUGCUGCAGAGAGAGAAUCAUCACAGUCUUUGUCAACAUUUUUCUGUAGUUAUUUAAAGUUGCAUGCAAGGACUUUUGUAGUGCAGAGAUGCUCCACGGUGUGUGAGGGUUUUAUACUCUAACGAUGACUAGGACGCACACGUUUCAGUUCUUUGUGGAAAUCUAAUGUGGACUGUAGUUUGACCUUGAAUAACCUUGUAUUUAUCAUAAUUAUUGGUAAGAAUAAUGUUAAGUAUUUUUAAAAACAGAAAUAUCAAGAUCAAGAUAAGAAAAAAAAAACAUAAACCAAAAAUAUAUGAUAAAAUAAAAAUUAGAUAAAAUAGUCCAUUAUCAUGUGACAAUAAUUUAACUGUAUAUAAAAUAAAAUAAACAAUAUCAGCAAAUAAAUUGAUCUCUCUGAAGCAAGUUUUACAUCUUUCAUAGAAAUGACCUGCAGUCAGAGACGUGGCGUCAAACCUGCAGACAAAGAAAAUAGUUAUUUUGACACCUGGUGUUUUUACCCUCCACAGAGCUUCGUUUAUCUUCAUUUGAGGGUUAAUUUCAGACCUUUAUUGUGGUGAUUCCUGAUAUUUUAAGUGUUUUUCUUCUGUUUUAAUUCUGUUGUAUUUUAAUGUUUGAUGUCACAGCUGAGAUUCUUUUAUUUUAUUGUGCCAUAUGGAUUUUUGUGCCUAUGGAAAUUUGAAUGUCUUUUUUUUCUUUUUGUAAAAAUAUUGCAUGGUGACAAUAUCAUACAUGGAGAUCAUUUGUCACCAGAUCAUGUGUAUGUAUGAAGCUCUGUCUGGUGAGCAGAUUAACACUUGAGCACACAGGAUGUUAUUAUGAGAGUUUAAGCAGAAGGGAGCCAUGUCCCUAAAUAUACAGAUAAUGGUUAUUUUUAUUGUUAUUUCAUCUUUAAAAUAAUGAAAAUGUCUAUUACAGAUUUCCAAAACAAACAAUAUAAUGUUAUAAAACAGAGUAAAGCAGCAAAAACUCACUUUGGAGAAGCUGAGAUGCCUGUUUGGCAUUUUUUUUCAUAAUAAUAAUAAUUAAUGAUAAAGCACUUAUUAAAAUACAAAGGGAACAAAGUGCUUCACAGGACAAAAACAAAACAAAACACAGUAAGACUAAAGCAAUAAGGAAAUUACUUUAAGGACAUGAGAUCAAUAUAUAUAAAAAAUAUAUUUAGGUAGUAACGAGAGGAAGGGAAGAAAAUAAGAUAAAUAAUAAAAAAUAUGUAAAACAGAACUUAAAUCUUGGUUUUGUAAAAGAAAAAAAAUGGACGAUACAACUCUGUCCAACCGCCUGAGAGGAGAUCUUCUCCACAGGGUCCAUGAAGUAGCUCUUCUGGAGCUUUUGGUCGUUUCUCACAGUCUUCUUCAGCAGAUGGAGUUUUGCCCAGUUGUCAUGGAGUUACACAUGUUGUUAAUUUCCAUUUUUAUUUGCUGAGAUACAAUGAAAAGCUCCUGAACAGCUUGGUGUGGUGUGUUCAAACUCCCAGUGAAACUGCAGUUUGAAGUAAAUAUCUUUCGUAUGAUGUAUCUAUCAUGAGACAGGUUUUGAUUUGAUCAAUUAAAGGGACAGUCCAACAUUUUGGGACACAGGCUCCUUCUCUUUCUGAUGUGGUGUAAGAUGAGAACAUGAAUAUCAAUCAUGUCUGUCCUUUAAAUAUGAAGCUGAAGUCAGCAGCCGGUGUAAAGACUGGAGGCAGAGCUCAGUGUGAAGAUAACACAGUCCAACUACCAACUCUAACUAAUUUUUGCAAAGAGUAACCAAACAAGAUAUAAUGUGUUGCUUAGUGAUUUAGAGGUUACUGGAGGGCAGACUUUAUUACUUUUGGAAAGAUCCAGACAGUUUCCCCCUGUUUCCUGUCUUUGUGCUAAGCUAAGCUAAGCUAACUGGCUUCUGGCUAUAGCUUUAUAUCAACAGACAAAUAAGAGAGCAAUGUCAAUCUCAACAAUUUCCCAAAAUAUUAAAAUGUAUUCCUUUACUCACAUAAAAGUGGGUGUGGCUUCCACUCUCAGUCACGCUCACGCACGAUCACCUGACACGCUGUGUGCUGAAGUGUUGGCCUGUGACAGAGCGGCUGUUCCUGCAGCCCGACGACCCAUCACCGUGCACCAAGUUUUUAGCACUCGGAGCGUUUUGUUUUAACUCUGCUGCUCCGAGCUGAAGUCAUUUGUUUUUAUUGUUCAGUGCAAUCCGGUCCAAUGCGAUGGUCUUCACGUCCUGAAUGGUCAUUGAAUUGUAUCAGAAUGUUUCUCUGCAGCACUUUACCCAUGAGAGGUGGGAGACAAGUCCAGAGGUGUGUUUGUGUUUAUGAAAACAAUCUGCAGACCCUCACACGGCGCUGGACCACAACUACAUUGGUAUGAAAAAUAAAAACCACUCUCCAGUGCGCGGGUCGUUCACAGCGACCCGCGCACGUUACACUAGAUGCAUCAAAUGUCUUCGAGUUCGGUCCGACUGUCAUCUUCAGAUAGAAAGAGUUUUGCAGCUGUAAAAUCAUCUUCCUCAUUAUCAGUAUUGAAAUAACUGCAGCAAGCCUGUUGUGGUGAAAUGACAACUGUAACAACUGAGUGAACAUUUGAUUAAAAAUGGUUCAGGAAAACUGCGA